UUUCCGUCAUUUGCUCAAACCUGUAACGUAGAUUAGUUUUGCAUUAUCGCGUUGAGUUAAGCUGGAGUUUUUAGUUAGUUUCCUAGUUCCUGAUAUUAAGAGAAAAUAAUCAGCCAUUUUCAACUACUCAAAAGCAUCUUUCUGGUGUAUUGGUUGGAUGGGAGGAGACUAUAGAAGGCUUCCCCACCUGCAGUUUAAUUGGCAAUCACCCAAUUUGAAUCCCUUGGGUGCUCCCCUUGACAUAGGGCAACAAAAUCCCAUGUCUGCAGGUAUAUAUCCUGGCACUAAUAUGACUCCAAUGAGGGGGACGUUGCCUGUUUAUGCAUCUUCUAAACUACCUCAUUCUUGGGUAGGCCAAGCAAAUGAACCUCAUGGUUGGUUUCAUUGUUUGCCACGUUUCCGGCAAUCCUUCACCCCUGCCCUUAACCAGUCAAUUGCUGUCUGCCAAGGCAGACUGCCUACUAACCCUUAUGAAAGCUGCAGGGAGGCCAUUCCACUCAAUGCAGGGUCUGGAUGUGUCCAGAAGAAGUUUGCUGCUGUUGAUAAAUUGAGGGACCAAACCACUUUGAUCUUUAGUUCUGGGAUUGGGACUCCCGUCCAAUGCCUUACUUCUUGGGGUCCAAAACCUCAUGCUGAUUCUAAAUUAAAUGGGGAAGAUGUUGGAAUCAAUGGAGAUUUUAAUUAUUUCUCAGGACCAAUUCUAACAGAUGAAAUUAAUGAAAAUCUCGGAACCGAUGUUCAAAGUGAGAUGCAUGAAGAUACUGAAGAACUUAAUGCCUUGCUUUACUCAGAUGACAGUAGUGAAUAUACUGAAGACGGUGAAGUUACUAGCACAGGUCAUUCACCUUGUACAAUGACAGCACAUGAUAAGAAAGAUUGGCUCGGAGGAAGUAUUGAAGAAGUUGCUAGUUCUGCUGGGCCGACUAAGAAGCGGAAACAGUUGGACACUGUUUAUGAUGAUGCACCAUCACUGAUGGACACUGCAAGCUCAAUGAAUCACAACAGACUCUUUGAAUGUGAAGGUGAUGCGGAAUCUAGUUGUGCCAAUGGCAACAAUGCAGGGCCAGGAGAAAUGGGUUCCUUAUCAGGCACCAAGAGGAUGAAGAAGGACAGAAUUCGUGAGACUGUGAACAUUCUCCAAAGCAUAAUUCCUGGUGCCAGCGGCAAGGAUGCAAUUGUAGUCCUCGACGAAACUAUACGUUACUUAAAAUCUUUGAAGCUCAGAGCCAUGGCUUUAGGACUCGAUGCUCUCUAAGUUGGAGGGUGUUUUCCUGUUUGUAUCUUUAGUAGUAAGUGGCAUUAUCGGUUCUUGUCUAUUUGAAGUUCUAAAUGUCAUGUCUGGGGUGUGAAUUUGCAUAGCAGGAAUUCAAAGCAAGUUAAAAUGUGAGACAGUGGGCAGAAAAAGCUCGAAUAGCCCUCAAGUUUCUCUAGUGGUUAAAAGUUGGAAAUCAGCAGCUUUGGCUUGCUAAAAGUUAGAUGAGGUGCGGUGUAUUAUGUCCCAAUAAAGGUCUUGGAGUGUGGAUGAGAAGACUUCACUUCAUUCUGCAACAUCUUUCUUGGGCCCUCCAUUCUCCAUUUCCACGCAUCCUUGAUAGUUGAUCCCAGAAAGCCAGCUUGCUUUUAUGUAUUUAUUUAUGUACCAACUCUUUGUGGGAUUGGAACUUACCCUUUUAAUGCUACUGCUACUGUAAUUUGGUUGUGGGAAAGACUGAUAUGUUUGGUUGGUGUCA